AUUUAGUAAAACCGCCACUAUGUCGUGUCAUAUCGCUUAGGCUAAUAGUCCUCCUCGACCUCAACAUUCCAUCUACGUAUCUAUCUCAUCGACUAGACUUCCGUACAUUACCAUUCUGCUCGGAAGAGAAGCUUGAUCAAGAACAAGAUGGGAGGCGGUCCGGACAAAGAACAUCUCAUCAUCGCCCAUUGGGAUGCCGAACCCAAGCGCGAAACGUCGCUGAUCAAGCAACUAUUCCCAUAUAUCGAUAUCACAUAUGUUCAAGUUUCCAGAAACAUCAGACCCAAUGUGGACAACAGCAAUCAGAUCUCCGAUGAUCUGUGGAAAUCGGCGACCAUUCUUCUCACGCUGUUCACACUUCCAUCCACAAAGGACAAGGUGCCAAAUCUCAAAAUAAUCCACCUCUUCUCCGCGGGUGUCGACGCCUGGUCAAACCACCCCAUCGUCAAGGACAGCGACAUCGCCAUCACCACGUCCUCUGGCAUCCACGGCCCGCCCAUAACAGAAUGGAUCGUAAUGACCACACUGGUCGCUAGCCGCAAUUACGCCAUACAAUAUGAAUGGCAGAAACAGCACAGUUGGGCACCCGAGCGGAACCGCCUGAUGUCCGGCACGGACUGGGCUGGCAAGACUGUCGGCAUCGCUGGCUACGGUAGUAUUGGGAGACAAGCCGCCCGCGUCUUCUCUGCAUUGGGAGCCAGCGUCCACGCAUACACGGCAUCUCCACGAUCCACGCCCUCCGCGCGCAAAGACAACGGGUACUUCGUCCCCGGCACAGGCGACCCGGACGGCAGCAUCCCUACGGCAUGGUACUCCGGCACUGAGAAGGCGUCUCUGCACACGUUUUUGGUAUCCGGGCUCGACGCGCUGAUCAUAUCACUCCCACUUACGCCCGCGACACGCCAUCUUUUCGGGGCUGAAGAGUUCAGAAUACUCGGCAGUUCUGGGUCGAGCAAAGCCAAAGCCGCGGGGCAAAAGGCGUUUCUUAUCAACAUCGCGCGUGGACCAAUUUUGGACCAGAAGGCCUUGAUCACAGCGCUGAACGACGAUGUUUUGGCUGGCGCGGCGCUCGAUGUUACGGAUCCGGAACCUCUGCCUAAAGACGAUCCGCUUUGGGAUGCGAAAAAUGUGAUUAUCACGCCUCAUGUCAGUGGGUUGGGGAGCGAGUAUAGUGAUCGGGCGUAUGAUUUGUUCGUGACGAACUGGAAGAGGCAUGAAAGAGGAGAGAGGAUGUUUAACCUUGUGGACCGGAAGAAGGGAUAUUAGUGUCAGAGUGGUACCUCAUGGACAGAGUGGGCAAGAGAAGAAAGAGCAGCCACGAGAUAUGGGCAGUAGAAGGAGGUGAAGCCGGAAGAGGAUGAUGCAUACGUAUCUAGAGAAAAAAGUAGGCCCAUUCCUUUAAUUGAAUAUGGUAUCUCAAAU